CCAAAAAGGUUUUCAUUUGAAAUUCUACGGUCCAGAUUUCUCCAAGCCGGUGAAGUAAGAUGAACGUGGGCCGUUGGAUUGAUAUCGACGCCCAAGCACGUCCGAUCUUUUUAUUGGCAGCAUUUGUACCUUCUUUCGCGCAAGCAACGACGAGAAUGGCGGGAGGCAGAGUUUCGAGUUCGAGCCCAUCCGAUCUGCUCCAAAGAAUCAAAGGUUUCGUCCGGUCUCUCGUUGAGGAUCUCAGCAACGAUCGACCUCCUUCGGUUGCCCUCGAUCGGUACAGGAACUACUGCCACGAUCCUUCUGGAAACUGCACUUGCGGUGACAACUUACCAAAUGGCAAGGAAAUAAUCUCGGUCGAGAGGGAAAGUCAUGCAUACAGAUUGCUUGUCUUGUUUAGGGUGCUGCUAAUAAUACAGCAACUUUUACAAGAAAACAAACAUGGAUCGAAGAGAGACAUCUACUACAUGCACCCCGCUCUUUUCUUGGAGCAAGCAGUUGUUGAUCGGGCAAUCAACAACAUUUGCAUUCUCUUAAAGUGCAGCCGUCAGCAUCUCAAUGUGGUGCCUGUAGGGAGAGGAUUGGUGAUGGGUUGGUUGAGAUUUCUAGAAGCUGGUAGGAAGAUUUAUUGCAUAAAUAGCCCCAGCACUGUCUAUCCUAUUCCUGUGUGUCUUGAAGAAGUAGUAGAUAUUGUCAGUGUUGCCAGAUUUAUUAUUGUUGUAGAGAAGGAAUCAGUGUUUCAGCGGUUAGCAAAUGAUAGAUUUUGUGAGAGGAAUCAUUGCAUUGUCAUUACAGGAAGAGGCUAUCCGGAUGUCCCUACAAGAAGGUUCUUGUGCCUUCUUGUACAACAUCUGCAUUUGCCAGUGUAUUGCUUGGUAGAUUGUGAUCCUUAUGGCUUUGACAUCCUGAUGGUCUAUAGGUUUGGUUCCAUGCAAAUGGCGUAUGAUGCCAAUUUGUUGCGUGUACCUGAGAUAAGUUGGCUCGGAGUCUUCCAUUCAGAUUUGCAGAAGUACCAUCUUCCAGAUCGCUGUCUUCUCGAGCUGACAUCUGAUGAUAAGAAGAAAGCUGAAGCAAUGCUGCUGAGAUGCUAUUUGCAAAAGGAAGCACCAAAAUGGAGGAUGGAGCUGGAAGUCAUGCUACAAACUGGAGUAAAAUUUGAGAUCGAAUCAUUAUCUUUCAACUCGCUGUCGUUCUUAUCAGAGUACAUCCCCACGAAGAUUCACGAUGGAAGUUACCUAUAGGUUCUGUUGUACACAUGAUCUUAUUAGUUCGAGGCUACAAGGCCAAGAUGUGGAUGAGUUUUGGGAGUACGAAGCAGCAAAUGGUGCAAGUUGGUGAUAGUGGUGAUAGUUUAAGAUGACGAAUCCAACUUGCCACUCGCUGAAGGCAAUGACUAUAAAGCUUAAUAUUCUGCAGGAAUCAGCAUGUCAUCCAAAAGAAAGAGAACAAGCAAAGCAGCAAAAGCCACGGCCUUAAGGCAGCCAAUUAAUUGAACCCAAUGCCCAAUUAUGUUGUUGGAUUGCCUCCGGAGUCUGUGAUGGCUAAUCCUUGAGUCUCGAACUGAUGGCAGAUCACGUCAAGAAUGGAGAGUGCAUGUGGCCCUCGCAAGACCGGUCUCCUCUUCAUGCCUGUCCAAGUCAACUUAGGGUCAACUAGCUUUCCCGCAUGCGGUAGUCAACGUU